CAGAGACCACUCACUCCUUGGUUUCCUUUCCAGCACAAGCACAAAAACCAAGAAAUGGCUGCGAAUGCAUCGUCACUGUCGUCGGCGUCGUACCUGAGCUUGUAUCCGCUGCACGUCGCAGUGUGGCGCGACGCUGUCGACCGUCUCCGCGAGCUGCUUGAUGCGCACCGCGAAGAGCGCGCGGCUGGCUGGACGAGCAUUACGCAUCGCGACACGGGCGACGACGCGGCGAACGCUGACGCUGAGGCCGCUGCGAACAGUGCGAACGCAGACACUGGACUCCUCGUCGACCUCGGCCCAGCCAGCGACGCCAGCGAUGUCUCUGUGACGCCAGACACGCACGACCCUGCCGCCGCCGCCGCCGCCGCCGCCGCCUCUUCUGUUGCUGCAGGAGCAUCGCAGCGUACUACUCACUCGAACGCGGAAGAUUCGGAAGAUCCGUGGCUCAACGCCAAAGAUCCGCACGGACGCACUGCGCUGCUUUUGGCAAUCACUCUCGAUCGCGCAGAGUGCGUCAAGCUUCUGCUCAACGCCAAUGCGGAUGCAACUGGCAAAUCGCCGCUUGGGUUUGCGUACGUCAAGGAGGCGAUUAGCACUGCUGAUCGCGCACUGCUCCGAGACGUGUGUGUUGCUCGCAAGCAUCAGAUGGCCCACAAGCUGCGUGCUCGCGUGCCACAGCUGCUACGACUGCUCGAGACGACUGGCGACUUUUAUGUCGAAAUGAACUGGGAGUUUACGUCGUGGGUCCCGCUCUUGUCUCGCAUGUGCCCAUCCGACACGUAUCGCAUUUGGAAACGCGGAGCGUGCGUGCGUCUCGACACCAGCCUGGUCGGGUUUGAAGACAUGAAGUGGAUUCGAGGCAACCUGAGUUUCAUCUUCCGUGCUACUGGCGAAGCUGGUAGCAUGACUGGCAUUCUCUUCCAGAUCAACCACGAUGAGCAGCGGGUCAUCUAUGACGAAGUCCAAGCGGGUGAAUGCGACAUUGCGGGGGCGCCUAGCGUCGAUGAGGACGAUUUCGACGACGAUGUUCUUGACGCGUUGUUGUCGGCGCCCAUCACCUCGACCGACAUGGGCGAUGACAAGAUUGCCUUCUCUCGCAUGAAGAGUGGCCUCUGGGGAUUCCAGAGCGAGAAGACCGACAUGAUUGGUGACUACGAAGCAAAGGCGUACGCUUUGAGCGGCGUGGAAGUGCGUACUCGCCAUCGUACCGAGCACCUGCCGGUCGAGCUGCGCGACAAGGCAAAACAGCAAGGCACGUUCAGCUCGCUCAUGAAGCUGACCUCAGCCCAAAAGGAGGAGGAUCUUGAGCAGCUGGGUCGCGAUAGCGAGCUCGGCGAGCGCUCUCUGACCCCUGUUGGUCCCGUUCCCAAGCCCGCAAUCUCAGAGGAGCUGUACUUUUCGGGUAAAGUCACCUCCAGCACAACCCACGAUUUUACUUCCGAGGUUGUCGACCACCACCAUGCUGCUGCCGAGCACGGUGAUGACCAUGACGACGGCGAUGAUUCGGAGCUCAUCAACGUCGAGCCGGAGAGCAAGUCGGGCGCCUCAUCGCUGCUUUCCAUUGCAGGGUGGCGUUCCGGCGCCAAAAAGCUGUUGCACAACGUGUCGAGCGCUGCAUCCACGGCGUAUGCGAGCGUUUCCGCGGCCGCUCACAACACUUCGGCGUCGAGUGGCUCGCCUGCAGAUUACCAGUCCCUGGGCCGCGAGUCGGCUGCGUCGGCUCCCUCGGGCUCUGGCGCCGCCGCAUCUUGCCACAUAGGUCGCCCGCUGGUCAUGUCCGAGCAAGUGCAAAAGUUCAAGGGCACGGUUUGGAUGAGUGAGGCCUUCCCGCUUUCGCUUCAGCGUCAAGUUCUUCCAAUCAUUGAUUUGAUGUCGCCCAACAAUGCCCACUUUGCCAAGCUGCGUGACUUUAUCGACAUCUCCUUGCCAUCCGGGUUCCCCGUCAAGAUCGAGCUUCCUCUGUUCCGUGUGAUUAGCGCCCGAGUCACAUUCGCCAACUGCUCGGAUGGUCCAGUUCUUCCAGAGCUGUUUGAAGUCCCUGCAGGCUACGAUCAGCAGCUUGCUGACGGCUUUAGCGGAACCAUCGAGGUCAGCUUGCCCAGCGCUGUCAGCGGCGCAAAGCGGGCUGAUCGUCGUCGUCGUGCUGCUCGUCGCGGCAUGAACGGCAACGCCUUUGACGACGAAAUGAUGCUGCAAAUGGCCCUCCGAGAGAGUCUGACCGAUGCGCGUCGCGACGGUGCACAGGCAGAAGCGGAUGGCGUGCUUUCAGACGAGGAGAUUGAGCUUCAAGAGGCGCUCAUGGCUUCGAUGAUGAUGUCCACGGGCGCAUCGCAAGAGGACAUUGACGCAGCUAUUGCCUCGUACAAGCAAGAUCAAGAACAACGCCGCCAGGAGGCCAUUGCUGCCCGUUCUCGUCCAGUUCCGUCGCAAGCGUCCGCCGAGCAGCAAGUAGCACCUUCUCCAAGUGACAGCGACCUGGCAUUGGCUCUGCAGCUUUCCCAGCAGCAGGCCCUCGAAGACGAGCAAGCGCGCAAUCGCCGCGAGGAAGAGGAGCUCGAGAUGGUGCUUCGCAUGUCUCUUGAGCAGCAGUGACGCGUUUUUUUUUUGUGCGACAUUCACUUGUUUGGAUGCAGUGUGCAGUGAGCUGUUGUUUCCAUUUCACGUUGAUGCCUUUUGUUGUUGAGCCUGGGUUUGUCGUGGCUUUUGGUUGUAGAUACUUUUCAACUUGUGCGAACAAUGAAGAAAAUCGGCUAGAACACAAGUCCCA